GUCAGAGUGAAACUUGGUUCCAGGACAGUAAACACAACGAAGGGGCAAGGCUACAAGGAGCCAUGGCGGAGUAACAGUGGGCUGUAGGCAAUAAGUGCUCAUGAGCUCAGGUUGGCAUGGAUACCAUCUUAGUCUUCAGUCUAAUCAUUGCAUCCUAUGAUUCCAACAAGAGCGACCCGAGAGAGAGCAGCUGCCAAGUAGAACAGCUGCCCAGCCUCUUCCCAAAGGACGUGAGAAGCCACAAGGAUGUGGUGAUAAGAGUUCUCACAGAAAUUCACACAGACAUCCAACAUCAGACUAUAGCUACCCUGCAGUGCCUCUGCUCUGGGAGGAGAGUGAGGGUCCACCUUGUACACUCAGAGAGAAGGCCGAAGGUCAAGUAUAUGCUGAAGAACCUGGAAGUCUGUGCUGAUCUCCACAGAAACAGCACGGCCUCCCCACACUGUCACCUCGUACCCACUUCCCAGUUUCAGAACGGAUCCCUUCUAACAGCUUUCUUACCAGGGAUCUCUCAAUGUGAGAUCUACCCAGCAAAGGACAGAUCUGCUUCAUCAGAGACGGUGCCCAUCACUACCACCUCCACAACUCCUAGAAGUAAAGGAGAGAAAACUAUAAGCACUGGGCAGUUUUCCGGUCCUUUGUCACAAGGUAUAGAUGUGUACUUAAAGAAGAGGCAGAAAUGGAGUGUUGUCAUCAAAGCUCUGAUUGCUGCUACUCUGCUGCUCAGUGGAGUCAUCAUUAUAGUAUUUGUCAUCUUUGAAGUCCCGUGCCCAAGUCCAUGCCUCAGAGCCAGAAGGCUGUGCCAAUGCCAAUGGUUAUGGAGAAGGGAAAGGAAGGAAGACCAGCAACCUGGGACAACUGAGUCCCAGUUGAGCUCUCAGCCUGAGAAGGGAAAUGUUUCUAACUCUGCAGACUCAAAGAAAACCACAGGGCUGACUAUAAUCCACCAGCCAUACUUCUGGGUUCUGCUUUGCCUCACUCUGAAUGCAAGUGCUGUCAUCUCCUUAUUGCAAAUCAUUACAGGAUGACUCUUGAAGCCCUUACACUCAAAUCUUCACAGGGACUAUAAUCAAACGAUAUUCC